UUCAUUAACUUUCGGCAAUAUCCUUUGCACUUUCUUCUGCAGCAGCCAUGAAAGCUCUCUCUGAAUUCUUCUCCAACCUCAAAACCAUGACCAAAGUCUUCUUCAACCUCCUACUUCUUGAAAUCAUAUUUUUAAUCCGUUCACUCACCGGAUUAAGCCCCAACUCUGAUAAACGCGUAAUCACCACUAACCAAUACCUUAAACUCAUUGAAAAAAACAAUCCCACAACUCGUUUCACUAAAAGAAUGAGGAUUAUGGCCGAGUCGACUGAAUGCACGGUGUGUUUAUCUGAAUUCAAAGAAGGAGACAAGAUUAGAAAGUUGCAAUGUAAGCACACGUUCCAUAAGGAUUGCCUAGAUUGCUGGCUACAACAAUAUUGUCGUGGCACAUGCCCACUUUGCCGGACUAAGGUUUUGCAAGAUGAUAUUGUGGCUAGUUACCGUCGGAUGCGAAAUCAGGUAGAGUACGAUGGGAGUGAUGAGGAGCUCAUUUUCUUGUUGUCUGCAUUACAUGGCAAUAGUUUACAUAGAUUGUUCUAAGUUGUCUCUUUUAUAUAGAAUACAUGUCCCAAGUUUUGUACAUAGAAGCGCAUAGAUUCUUGUCUUGUGUUUUGACACAAAGAAAAGAAAAAAGUAGGUAUUUUGUAUUUUGAUCUUGCUUUAGAUUAGUGUAUUCACGACUAUAUUCAAAAUUUAAUAAGAUAAGUUUCUAAGCUUUCUUGUUA